AUGAAACGAUCAAAGAAAUCGAAAAAGACAUCGGAUGAAUCGACGGCUAAAAGUAAAUCUCGAUCUCGUCUUGAUUGGAUACCACCGCCAAUUGCGCUUGGAACUCAAUUAUUAGCUUCCUUGGAAAACAAUCCAUUAGAUGAACGGAGUGUUGCUGGUGUUCGUCUAUCACGUGCUGUUUAUAAGCAUUUCACUGCGCAAGAAAUCCGCGAUUUGAAAGAAGUAUUCGACUUCUUCGAUCAUAAAAGUCGAGGCAAUUUGAAACCGAAGGAUAUCGUGUAUGUAAUGAGAACAUUGGGUAUCAAUAUGAGUGUGGAACAAUGUACAACAUAUGUAGAAAAAGAAAGUCAAGAUAAAACAACACUCAGUUUCAGCGAGUUUCUUCAUCUACUGGCACAUUACCAAGAUGGUGAACAAGAUGAUUAUGAUGAACUGAAUUUAGCAUUUCAACUAUUUGAUACUGAGGGCCGAAAGUACCUUGAUUUAGCUACGCUUCGAAAACUUAGUCAACAGACAGGUUUGAAUUUAAGUGAACUUGAACUGCAAGCAAUGAUGGAAGCAGCCGAUCGUAAUGGUGAUGCACGUAUCGAUCGUCAAGAAUUCGUUCGAAUGAUGCGACAAACAAAUCUUUUUUCUCGAUGA